AUGGCGCCACAGGGGCGGGAACACCUGGCGGGGCGGGAACACCUGGCGCCACGGGAGCACCAGCAGGGGGCCCGAAGGCGGAGCCCACACCUGCGCCACACUCUCAGCCCCGAGAACCUGCGGACCUUGGCGGAGCGGGGCGGGACCGAGGUGCCGGGGGCGGGGCCGGUGGGUCUUCCCCGGGCCAACAGCGACACGGACCUGGUGAGUUCCCAGGGGCGCUCCUCGCUCACAGCCUCCACACUGGAGCACACUUUGGGGCGGGGCCAGAACCUGGUCAUCUCCUGGGACAUCAAAGAAGAGGUCGACGCCACUGACUGGAUAGGACUUUACCAUAUAGAUGAGACCUGUCCGUCAAACCUGUGGGACUGUAAGAACCGCGGUGUUAACGGGACCCAGCGAGGACAAAUCGUCUGGAGGCUGGAGGCGGGACCAUACUUCCUCGACUCUGAGACCAGGAUCUGUUUUAAAUAUUACCAUGGAGUGACUGGAGCUCUGAGGGCCACAACUCCAUGCAUCACAGUGAAAAAUCCUACCAUCUCGAGUGAUGGUCAAGCAGAGGGGCAGUCAUCUGCAGAAAACAGUAGGAAACUGGUCAGAUUCACUCUGUCAGACAUUCGAGCUGUGGGGCUGAAGAAAGGGAUGUUUUUUAAUCCUGAUCCGUAUCUGAAGAUGUCCAUUCAUCCAGGGAAAAGGGGCAGUUUCCCAGCCUGCCCCCACCACGGCCAAGAGAGACGAGCCUCUAUCAUCGCCAACACCACCAACCCUGUUUGGCAUGGAGAGAAACACACUUUUGUGGCUUUGGUAACAGACGUUCUAAUGAUUGAGGUCAAGGACAAGUUUGCCAAAAGCCGACCAAUCAUCAAACGUUUCCUGGGUCAGCUGAACAUCCCAGUGCAAAGACUUCUGGAGAGACAUGCAUCUGGAAACCAGUGUCUGAGCUUCUCUCUUUGUCGUCGCUUACCUACUGACAACGUGAGUGGACAGUUAUACCUAAAAGUGGACGUCACCUCCGCUAGUCAAGAAGAAGUUUUACCUGAGUCACUGCUGGCUGCUGCUGCCCUGAAUGGGGCCCCUGGCACCCCCUCAGACGACGAAGACCUGCCCCACCCGCUUCCCAUGACCUCCGGAGGUCUCUCCCCCACUGGCUCCCUGGGCUCCCACAGAAACGGGGAUGGGGGUGCUGGUGGGAGCAUCACUUCCCCGGAGACGGAGCAGUUUAUGGCUCCCCCUAGCCUGGAGGACGAAGCCCCCUCCUCCCCUGACCUCCUGCAGGGUUCCUUCAGUGAGCAGCUGGAUGAGAUUGAGGCUCCCAAAGGCCCCGGGGAAAGGCCCUUGGGUGCUGCUUCACCCAAACUACGCUCCAGCUUCCCCACCCACACCCGCCUCAGCGCCAUGCUCCACAUCGACUCCGACGAGGAUGAGGAGCGGUCUGCUGCCACCGAAACUCUCACGCCCACCUUCAACGGGGCAUCCAGGGGCCUCCCCGCACCUCCCCAAGAACCUGGGGAACGGCCAGAACCCGAAAGGGUAGAAGGAGGAGAGCCAGGGCCUUUAGAGGUUGCCCCCGAGUCUGAAGCGGAGGCGGUGAGUUCGGGAGCCGCUGUUGAGGAGCAGGAGGGGGAGGGGACACCCAGUUCGGUGGUCCCGGAGGUAGAGACGGCCAGCCUGCUGGAGAGGCAGGAGGACGGGGAGCGGGAGAGCAGGGGGGAGCAGAGGGAGGAGGAGGACAGUCACGCACCCAGUGAGGAGCUGGCCACAGAGGUGGAUAUCUCCUCCAUGGCCUCCGACAGCAGUGUGGUCCCUGUUUCUGCCACGCAGGAGGCAGAGCAGGGGGCAGGAACGGCCAUAGACCCGGGGGGAGGAGACGUAUCCGAUGCCCCGCCCACAUCAGAUGACCUAGGUCAAAGUGAAGGUGAGGCUCCACCCACUGAAGACCUCGACGUGGAGGCAACGCCACCCCCUGAGCCAUCAGCCCCUGAGGUGGAGGCAGAGGAGGAGCCAGAGGAGCCGGAGGAGGACACAAUGUCGAGGAGGUGGAGCUUAGAGGCCACAGCAGGCGUGUCACAGGAGGAAGAAGAAGAGGAGGAUCUAUUGCCAUCUUUGGAGGGCGGGUCUGGAGAUUCUGAGACAUUCAUCACAGAGACAGACACAGAAGCAGGUCCAGCCCAGGUGAAUGGCCACCAGCAGGUUCGUUCCCUCCCCUCUGUAAGACAGGACAUCCACCGCUACCAACGCGUGGAGGAGCCGUUACCUCCUAACUGGGAGGCCCGUAUCGACAGUCACGGCCGUAUUUUCUUUGUGGACCACGUGAACCGGACCACCACGUGGCAGAGGCCCACUGGACCCCCUGCUCCACAGGGCCUGGCCCGCUCCAGCUCCAUCCAACAGAUGGAGCAGCUCAACCGCAGGUACCAGAGCAUCCGUCGGACGAUGACCAACGAGCGCUCUGACGAUCAGGCUGUAGAUCUCUUUCCUCCUGAUGACGCCGACCUGUUACCCCAGUCCAUCUCCGAGUAUCGGAGGGAUGGGUCACUGGGUCAGUCCAGUCCUCGGUCUCGCCUGGCUCUGCUGCUCCAGUCUCCCGGCGCCAGGUUCCUGUCCAGUCCCGACUUUUUCACCGUGCUGCAUUCUAACCCCAGUGCCUACCGCAUGUUUACGAGCAACACGUGUCUGAAACACAUGAUCAGUAAGGUGCGCCGGGAUGCCCAGCACUUUGAGCGCUACCAGCACAACCGCGACCUGGUGACCUUCCUCAACCUGUUCGCCAACAAGCACCUGGAACUACCCCGCGGCUGGGAGAUGAAACAUGACCACACGGGCAAGCCGUUCUUCGUGGAUCACAACAGUCGUGCGACCACCUUCAUCGACCCGCGUCUGCCGCUGCAGAGUUCGCGUUCCAGCAGCGUCCUCGCCCACCGUCAGCACCUGAGUCGCCAGCGCAGCCACAGUGCCGGAGAGGUGGGUGAUGAUUCCCGUUCCCCAAGCCCUUCGGCAUUACCCCGACCUUCCAGCACAUUCAGCGGGUCCAGUCGCAGUCAGUACCAAGACCUUGUGCCCGUGGCAUAUAAUGAGAAGAUAGUGGCAUUCCUCAGACAACCCAACAUCUUUGAGAUUCUGCAGGAGAGACAGCCGGAGCUCGUGAGAAACCACUCCCUCAAAGAGAAAGUACAGCUCAUCCGUAACGAAGGCGCAGCCGGGUUAGCUCGACUCUCCAGCGAUGCAGAUUUGGUCAUGCUGCUUAGUCUGUUUGAAGAGGAAGUGAUGUCAUACGUGCCGGCCCAUGCCUUACUGCACCCCAGCUACAGUCAGGCCUCCCCACAGAGUUCCCCUGGUACUGCUCGAGCCAACGCCCGAGCUCCCGCCCCCUACAAACGUGACUUUGAAGCCAAACUGAGGAACUUCUACCGCAAGCUGGAGACCAAGGGCUACGGUCAGGGACCAGGCAAAGUGAAACUGAUCAUUCGCAGAGACCACCUUCUGGAAGACGCCUUCAACCAGAUCAUGUGUUACUCCCGUAAAGACCUGCAGAGAAGCAAGCUGUAUGUCAGCUUCGUGGGUGAGGAAGGGUUGGACUACAGCGGUCCGUCCAGAGAGUUCUUCUUCCUGGUGUCGCGGGAGCUCUUUAACCCCUACUAUGGCCUGUUUGAAUACUCAGCUAACGACACGUACACUGUGCAGAUCAGCCCAAUGUCGGCCUUUGUGGACAACCAUCACGAAUGGUUUCGCUUCAGUGGCCGUAUCCUUGGCCUGGCCCUCAUUCACCAGUACCUACUGGAUGCCUUCUUCACUCGACCAUUUUACAAAGGCCUACUCCGCAUUCCAUGUGACCUGAGUGACCUGGAGUUUCUCGAUGAGGAGUUCCACCAGAGUCUUCAGUGGAUGAAGGACAAUGAUAUCGAAGACAUGUUGGACCUCACAUUCACUGUCAAUGAGGAGGUUUUUGGCCAGAUUACAGAGCGGGAGCUGAAGCCGGGGGGUGCUGGUAUCCCAGUGUCGGAGAAGAAUAAGAAGGAGUACAUCGAACGCAUGGUGAAAUGGCGCAUCGAGAGAGGUGUGGCCCAGCAAACCGAGAGUCUGGUCCGCGGUUUCUAUGAGGUUGUGGACGUGAGGCUGGUGUCUGUGUUUGACGCUCGUGAAUUGGAGCUGGUCAUUGCCGGCACUGCAGAGAUUGACUUGGGAGACUGGAGGAACAAUACUGAGUACAGAGGAGGUUACCAUGACAACCACAUCGUGAUCCGAUGGUUCUGGGCCGCUGUGGAGCGUUUUAAUAAUGAGCAGAGACUUAGACUUCUUCAGUUUGUUACAGGCACCUCCAGUAUUCCCUAUGAGGGCUUUGCCUCUCUCAGAGGCAGCAAUGGCCCACGGCGCUUCUGUGUGGAGAAAUGGGGCAAAAUCAGCUCCCUCCCAAGGGCUCACACCUGCUUUAAUCGUCUGGAUCUGCCUCCUUACCCCUCUUUCUCCAUGCUGUAUGAGAAGAUGCUGACUGCAGUGGAGGAGACCAGCACUUUUGGCUUGGAGUGA